AUGGCAGCCGCCACCCCCUGGUCGGAGUCGGCGCUGCGGCUGAACGCGCGUGUGCUCGCCCUGGGCGGGCUGUGGCGGCCGCCCGGCUGGCGCGGCUGCGCCCUCUCCACCUGCUGGUCGCUGUACGCCUGCUGGGCGCUGUGCACGCAGCUCAGCUUCCUGGUGGCGCAGGCGCGCGCGCUCUUCCACUUCUGGGGCGACGUGGGCAAGGUCACUCACGACGUCUGCCUCAUGGUCACCGUCGUGCUCGGCCUCAUCAAGUCCUACGUCUUCUGCCGGCGCAAGGGCGACUUCUUCCGCAUCGUCAACAAGAUCGACUCGGCCAGGUCCGAGCAGAGCAAGUCGGCCGACCCGGAAGUAACGUCCAUCCUGAGCGCGUCGUACAAGUCGGCGCGCAACGUCACCCUGUACAUGACGCUGCUGGGCGGCUCGUCGCCCGCCGUCUGGGCCGUCACGCCGACCGUCAUGAGGAGACUCCACGUGGGCCCCCCAGAGCGAGAGCUGCCGGCCACCGCGUGGUACUCCAGCCGCGACACGGAGAGCCCGCUGUACGAGCUGCUCUGCGUGCUGCAGCUGUUCAGCAUGCAGUACAGCUUCUUCGCCGCCGUCUGCCUCGACCUGUUCUUCGUCUCCAUCAUUAUCCACAUCGCUGCCCAGCUGCAAGUUCUGGGCGUCAGACUGCGCCGCAUUGGAGAACUUUACGACAAGCGAUCCAACAGCUCGAGAAAUUCUCCUACAAUCCGACGACAUGCUGAGGUCGGAUCUUCCGAAAAGGAAAGCCAGUGGAUGGAUUUGUGCACCUGCGUUCGUGACCAUCAUGCUAUAAUAGAGCUAGUCAAGGAACUAGAAGGUUUGCUGAACAUUAUUAUACUGUUCCAGUUCUUGGGCGCUACAGUUGUUAUAUGUGUGACGUUGUUCCAGAGUUCAACGAAUACUGGCAACGUAAUGACAUUAUUGAAACUCCAGGCGUAUCUGAUGGUUAUUAUAUACGAAAUAUUCAUCUACUGCUGGUACGCUGAUGACAUACUAUAUCAGAGCUCCCAGCUGGCGGUGGGCGCCUACUCGUGCUGCUGGCUGGACUCCACCCCCAGGCUGAGGCGCGCCCUCGUGCUGGUACUGUGCAGGGCGCAGAGGCCGCUGGGGCUCACCGCCGGCAAGUUCUACCACAUCUCCCGCGCCACCUUUGUACGGCUCAUCAGCGCAUCAUACUCAUACUACGCUCUUCUCAACCAAAUGAACGACAAAUAGCCGUCUCACCACACAC